AUGAUCCGCCUGUGCGGUUGGUGCUCGCGGAGGCCCCGCGGCGCGGCGGGGCCGGCAGGGCGGCGCUGGGCGUCGGGUGGGCCUGCUGGCCGCGCCCUGCGAGUGCUGGUGGACAUGGACGGCGUGCUGGCCGACUUCGAGGGCGGCUUCCUCAGGAAGUUCCGCGCGCGCUUCCCCGACCAGCCCUUCAUCGCGCUGGAGGACCGGCGCGGCUUCUGGGUGUCGGAGCAGUACGGCCGCCUGCAGCCCGGGCUGAGCGAGAAGGCCAUCAGCAUCUGGGAGUCUGAGAACUUCUUCUUUGACCUCGAACCUCUCCCAGGAGCUGUGGAAGCCGUGAAACAGAUGGCUAACCUGGAGAGCACUGACGUCUUCAUUUGCACGAGCCCCAUCAAGAUGUACAAGUACUGUCCCUUCGAGAAGUAUGCCUGGGUGGAGAAGCACUUCGGCCCUGACUUCCUGGAGCAGAUCGUGCUGACCAGAGACAAGACCGUGGUCUCCGCUGACCUCCUCAUAGAUGACCGGGUGGACAUCACAGGGUCCGAGCCGAACCCCAGCUGGGAGCACGUCCUGUUCACAGCCUGUCACAACCGCCACACACAGCUGCAGCCCCCCAGCCGCAGGCUGCACUCAUGGGCAGAUGACUGGAGGGCGAUUCUGGACAGCAAGCGGCCCCACUGA